AUGCCUCUCUGCACGCUGCAUUUACUGGCGCUCCACGCCACAACACCAAACUCCGUCUCAACGUUUCUUUCCACACUCAAAGCAACCGAUAUCUCACCUCUAGUUGUAUCCCGUGUCAUCCGCUGGAUUAUUCUCCCAUAUAAGCUCUCAACCGAACACCUCCUCGCUCGAAACAUCCACUGGGACCUCCUCCUCAUCUUGCCCUCCACAGACGCUCUGCCAUUAGAUCUCACCAACCUCAUCGAGCAUCACUGGAGCGUUACAGCCGGUGUACCUUCACGCCUAGUCAAUGACUUUGCGUCAAAGAACAACAAGCUCCUACAUCCGGAUCCCCAGGCUGUACCUGCGCUUCAGCAAAAUGUCAACCAGAAAACGACGCAAUCGAGUCAAAGCCUGGAGUUGAGCGAGGAGCUGAACACGUGGAUUCAAUCCUUUGUCAACAGCGAUUCCAAAGAAGCAAAAGGCGCAGUCUCAAUGUUCAACCUACUUGCUUUCAAUCCUGGUAUGAAAGAGGAGUAUCUGAAGUACGGCACUGCGUUUGCACGUUCCAUUGGCUCGAGGCAUGGUGGUAAUGCAAAGAUUGUCGGAAAUGUCACACAUGUCAAUCGCGAAUCUACCAAUAGAACAUCCACAAAUUCUACCGGCAAUGAUGAUUGGGAUGAGAUUGCUCUCGCACAUUAUCCCAGUAUAUUGCAUUUCAGGGAUAUGCUGGCCAGCGAGAAAUAUCAGGCGGUCAACAAGAGGCAUCGUGUGCCCAGUUUGAAGGAUACGUGUAUUUUGAUGACGAGUGAGAUUGCGGUCGAGGAGUUGGAAGAGGGUAUGGGAAAGGCGAGAUUGUAG